GCAGGAGGCAGUUGUGAUGGAACAUACGAUGUGGAAGAAUAAAAAGUCGAGCCUGGGUCGGCAAAAGAUCCCAAUUGAGAAAAUACCAAAGAAGAGUCACUUGCAAGUUACAUUCUCUAAGCGUCGAUCAGGGUUGUUCAAGAAAGCGAGCGAGCUAUGCACCCUUUGCGGUGUUGAGAUCGCAAUCCUAGUUUUCUCUCCUGCGGACAAGGCCUUCUCUUUCGGCCACCCAGAAGUUGAGUCCCUCAUCGAUCGUUACACCACGCGGAACCCUCCGCAGGAGUCCAGCGCGCACCACCUGGUGGAGGCGCACCGUAACGCCAAUGUUCGCGAUCUCAACAUGCAGCUGACGCAGCUUUUUAACCACUUGGAGAUGGAGAAGAAGCGCGGGGAGGAUCUGGAUCACGUGCGCAAGGCUAGGCAGAGACAGUUUUGGUGGGAGACUCCCGUCGAUGACCUUGGAUUGCAUCACUUGCUUCAACUCAAGCUUUCUAUUGAGGACCUCAAGAACAACAUUCAAAACCAUGCUACCAAUUUCAUUCUCGAUCAUUCUUCCUCCCUUCUUGGCCCUAACAAUGCCCUUCCCCCAAUUGGACGCUCCGCUGCUUCCUCGCUUCAUGUUCAUCCCAAUGCGCAUUACCUCGCCUUUCCCACCGCCUAUCUUUAAUUUCUUUUUCUUUUCGAAUGCUUAUCUCCUCACUUCUUUCUUUAUAUUUCCAAUUAUUCCCCCUCUUUUCAACCACAAACGUACGUCCUUCUAAAUAAUUUGUCCUCAUUCAUCAAGGACUCUGGACUCUGGACUCCAGGGGAAUAAAUUUCACCUUUAUUUUAUC